AAAAUGGCAUACGCCUACUUGUUCAAAUACAUCAUCAUUGGCGACACAGGUGUAGGCAAAUCAUGCCUACUUCUACAGUUUACGGAUAAAAGGUUCCAGCCCGUGCACGACCUCACGAUUGGCGUGGAAUUUGGUGCUCGUAUGAUCACCAUUGAUGGCAAGCAGAUCAAGCUUCAGAUUUGGGAUACUGCUGGGCAAGAGGCUUUUAGAUCAAUCACGCGGUCAUAUUACAGGGGCGCGGCAGGCGCCCUACUAGUGUACGACAUCACACGACGGGAUACGUUUAAUCACCUCACCACCUGGCUGGAGGACGCGCGUCAGCACUCCAACUCUAACAUGGUCAUUAUGCUUAUUGGCAACAAGAGUGACCUAGAGUCCCGGCGUGAGGUAAAGAAGGAAGAAGGUGAGGCGUUCGCUCGUGAGCACGGUCUUGUAUUCAUGGAGACUUCGGCGAAGACUGCUGCUAACGUCGAAGAGGCUUUCAUCAACACUGCCAAGGAGAUCUAUGAGAAGAUUCAGGAGGGAGUCUUUGAUAUCAACAAUGAGGCGAACGGCAUAAAGAUUGGGCCGCAGCACUCGACGGGCGGCGGGGCGGGGGGCGCGGCGGGCGCGGGAGCGGGAGGCGCGGCGGGGGGCGGCUGCUGUUAGGUACUCUCCUGCACACACUGAGCAGGCCGCCCGUAAGGGCUGGAGAGGGGUGCAGCUGUGUGCAACGAACAUUGGUACGGAACUUACUGCAUGUCGGAUUAUUAUAUUUAUUUUGUACGCUGCGGAAUAGCUUGUCUCAACACACUGUAUUCUGGAGCCAAUCAGUUGUCUUCUCAAAAAAUUAUAAUGUUUCCACAUUUGCUGGUGAAUAGAAUACCACUUUUUGGUAAAUUCCAGAAUAUUUGAAAUUUCAAGAGGUGCUAACUCUUGUAGCAGUACGGGUAGUCACAAUUGACUUGAGCAAUUCGAGACUUUAUGACUUGUUUUUAUCAACUGUUUAAUUAAUUUUGGUGUUAGUUUUAUACGUAUUGCUGUCGAUUUUACGAUAUUCUACGAAAUUUGGCAAUUUGUGCCGAAUGCAUUAAAAUUAGAUAAAGAUGAAAUAUUUUUGUUUGUAUUUUUGACGUUUUUCUUUGAGAUAAUAUUGCACUCCAUGGACAAUGUCAAUCUCGUUGAAAAACUGUAAAAAUGCUUAACGAGGAUCGCCAUUGAUUCAGAUUGGCCAACUUAUCUGU